GCCCGGGCGGCUGGGGGAGCGGGGGGGUCUCGGCCGGGGCGGGGGGAGAGUCCAGCCCGGAUAUUGAGUCCAGCCACGGCGGGAGCAACAACAACAAAAAAAACUCUCCCUGCCGCUCUCCGAUCUCCCCCAAGAUGGCCGCCGAUGUGGGAUCGAUGGUUCAAUAUUGGAAGCAAUUGGAUCUGCGCCGGCUGCAGAAGGAGCUUAAUUCUGUUGCUUCAGAACUGGCUGCUCGGCAGGAAGAGAGUGAACAUUCUCAUAAACAUUUAAUUGAACUCAGCCGGGAAUUUAAGAAAAAUGUACCUGAGGAAAUCAGAGAGAUGGUGGCUCCUGUCUUAAAGAGCUUCCAAGCAGAGGUGAUUGCACUUAGUAAAAGAAGCAAGGAGGCUGAGACGGCUUUCCUCAGUGUUUACAAGCAAUUAAUUGGAGCACCAGACACCCCCAGGCUUUCAGUUCAGAGCCACUCAGCUGGACGGACACCAUCCCUCGUCGGCACUCCGCUUCCCCAGACACGCUCACGUCCCCAGUGGGAGACCCGGUCUCUCUGCAGCAGAGUGUGGAAAGGACUGGUCCUGCAAACACGGAUGCAUUUGACUCAUUCCACCAGUGUGGGUCGUCUCCCUUACCCCGUUCCUGUCCUGGAGGUGGCGCAGAGCUCAGAAGAGAGGCUGCAGCAGGUCCAGUGCCUCGACCCUGAGAACCCACCCCUGAAGGAGCUCAACAGGCAGCGGAAGAAGCAUCCAGAGCUCCUUGGCACCAAAGAGCAAAGAGGGGGAACGUCUCCAGCUGGGCUCACGGUGUCGGAGGGAGCCAGGCUCACCAGCGUCAACAGCAAAGCACUUUUCACAGACACCUUGCUGCAGAGAAAUGAAGCCGAAAAACAGAAGGGACUACAGGAAGCACAGAUCACUUUGGCGGCUAGGCUGGGGGAAGCAGAAGAAAAGAUCAAAGUGCUACAUGCAGCGCUAAAGGCGACCCAGACGGAGCUGCUCGACCUGCGGUGUAAAUAUGAUGAAGAGGCGGCUUCAAAGGCAGAUGAAGUAGCAAUGAUCAUGACAAACCUUGAAAAAGCCAAUCAGCGGGCGGAGGCAGCCCAGAGGGAGGUGGAGAGUCUGCGGGAGCAGCUCGCAUCUGUAAAUAGUUCCAUUCGCCUGGCCUGUUGCUCUCCACAAGGACCCAGCGGGGAUAAAGUGAACUAUUCGCUGUGCUCCGGGCCCAGGCUCGAGGCUGCGCUGGCGGCAAAGGACCGGGAGAUUCUCCGACUCCUCAAGGACAUUCAGCACCUCCAGAACUCUCUGCAAGAGCUGGAAGAGUCCUCCGCCAACCAGAUCGCGGACCUGGAGCGGCAGCUCACGGCCAAGAACGAAGCGAUCGAGAAGCUGGAAGAAAAAUUGCAGGCCCAGUCUGACUAUGAGGAGAUUAAAACGGAGCUGAGCAUCCUGAAGGCCAUGAAGCUGGCGUCUGCUAACUGCAGCCUUCCCCAGAGCAUAUCGAAAUCGGACGAGGCGCUGCUUCUAGACAAAGACUCUUUCUAUCCAUCCCAGAAAUACCUUUUGGAAAAGCCAAAUCUCUUAGCCAACGCUGAGGAGGGUCAUUCUGAGGACGAGUUGGUGAAGGAUUCCAUGGGCACGGACCAGUCCUACCCCUCUCCCCAGCAGCUCUCUCAGCCCCCCGGGGAAGACCCUGCCUCCCCUAGCCCCCUCCAGCCUCUGCUGGCCUCCACCAUGGCCCAGGAAGCCCAGAGGACUUUCUCGUUGUCCCCUUUCCCCAGCAUGGCUGCGGGCGAGCGGCUGCCGACGGACGCCUUGCUCCCCAAGCAAAUGGUGCCGCCAGCGUACAAGAGCGAGAACGGCAGUGUGCUGGCCUUCCCCUCCCCCUUCUACACGGCCAAAGGCCCCCCGCUGCCCACCAAUCCCAGCCACACUGCCCCCGCCAGCGACUCGAGCCCACCCAGCGACCAGUCGGAAGGCAACAGCGCCAGUUCGGCCGACGAGGAGCAGCUGGACACGGCCGAGAUCGCCUUCCAAGUCAAGGAGCAGCUGCUGAAACACAACAUCGGGCAGCGCGUCUUUGGCCAUUACGUCCUGGGGCUCUCGCAGGGCUCCGUCAGCGAGAUCCUGGCCAGGCCCAAGCCCUGGCGCAAACUGACGGUGAAGGGGAAGGAGCCGUUCAUCAAGAUGAAGCAGUUCCUGUCCGAUGAGCAGAACGUGCUGGCGCUGAGGACCAUUCAGGUGCGCCAGCGAGGUAGCAUUACGCCGAGGAUUAGAACUCCAGAAACCGGCUCUGACGAUGCCAUCAAAAGUAUCCUGGAACAAGCGAAGAAGGAGAUUGAGUCUCAGAAGGGAGGUGAAACCAAGAGCUCGGCUGCUCCCCAGGUGGUCACCAACGGCAACAGCAACUCGGAAGAGGCCAUUAAAAGCAUCCUGGAGCAGGCCCGGCGGGAGAUGCAGGCCCAGCAGCAGGCCCUGCUGGAGAUCGAGUCCGGCAGCAGGCCCGUGGCCACGCCACCCACGGAGCGCUCCACCUUGGCCGCCGUUAGCCAGAACAUUGUCCAGGCCUACAUCAAGCAGGAGGAGGGGACGCUGGGCACCAGCUCCAGCUCCACACAGACCCCCUUGACGGUGCUCUCCCCCGCCGCCUUCGUGCAGAGCAUCAUCCGCAAGGUCAAGUCGGAGAUAGGCGACGCCGGCUCCUACUUCGACCAGCACUGGGCGUCGGAGAGGAGCCUGCUCAGCCGGCCCUACACCUCGGUGUCGCCCUCCCUCUCCUCCUCCUCCAGCUACUCCAGCCUGGCCAACGGGCGGGCCUGGCCGCGGGGGGAGCCCAGCGAGGAGGAGCUGGCUGCGGGCGAGGACGAGCCCCACAAGGCUGUGGAGAUGAAGUCCGAAGGGGCCAGCGCGGAGCCGCAGAGCGCCGGCCGCCUCUCCUAUUACCCGGCAUACGUCCCACGCACCCUCAAGCCGACCGUCCCGCCGCUGACUCCGGAGCAGUAUGAGAUGUAUAUGUACAGGGAGGUGGACACCCUGGAGCUGACCAGGCAGGUGAAGGAGAAACUGGCCAAGAAUGGAAUCUGCCAGAGGAUCUUCGGGGAAAAGGUGCUGGGCUUGUCUCAAGGAAGCGUGAGUGACAUGCUGUCCAGGCCCAAACCAUGGAGCAAGCUGACCCAGAAAGGCCGGGAACCAUUUAUCAGGAUGCAGUUGUGGCUCACGGAUCAGCUUGGCCAAGGGAUCAGCCAGCAACCAAACCCGCCACAGGCCAGCCCUGGGGAGACCCAGUCUUCCCCCUCCCCACCGCCCAGCCCUUUGGAGCAAGACAAAAGCCCCCCAGAGCCACUCACUCUAACUCUGGAGAGCAGCAAAGAAAAUCAGCAACCGGAGAGCAGGUCGGCCUCGUCACUGAGUGGGAAGAUGUGUUCCAAUAGCCAAGCACCGGUGGGCAUCCAGGAAAUCGUCGCCAUGUCACCCGAACUAGACACGUACUCCAUCACCAAGAAGGUCAAAGAGGUGUUAACGGACAACAAUCUAGGCCAGCGGCUGUUCGGGGAGAGCAUCCUGGGCCUGACGCAGGGCUCCGUUUCCGACCUCCUCUCCAGGCCCAAGCCGUGGCACAAGCUGAGCCUGAAGGGCCGGGAGCCCUUCGUCCGCAUGCAGCUCUGGCUCAACGACCCUCACAACGUCGACAAGCUGCGCGACAUGAAGAAACUGGAGAAGAAAGCUUAUCUGAAGCGUCGCUAUGGGCUGAUCAGUGCCAGCUCCGACAGCGAGUCUCCCAACACCCACUCUGAGUGCACCAGCCCCAGCCUCCAGCCCCAGGACCUCAGCCUUCUCCAGGUCAAAAAGCCCCGGGUGGUCCUUGCUCCAGAAGAGAAGGAGGCCCUGAAGAAGGCCUACCAGCUGGAGCCAUACCCGUCCCAACAGACUAUCGAGCUGCUCUCCUUCCAGCUGAACCUCAAGACCAACACGGUCAUCAACUGGUUCCAUAACUACAGAUCCCGGAUGCGCCGGGAAAUGCUGGUGGAAGGGGCCCAAGACAACGACACAGACCUGGAGCCGAGCAGCUGUGGGAGCAGCAAUUCGCACAGAGUCCCCAACCCGCUGAGCCCGGAUUCAGAGGGGGAGGACAGGAAGCCCGACUUCAGAGACACGAAGCACAGAGGGCCGAGCGAGACCCUGAUCAGGGUCAAGCAGGAGCAGAUGGAGGCGGGGGAGAAGGGCGACUGUUACAAUCACCGGGACUCUUGCAGCCUGGAGGGGGAGACGGAGCACAUGGUGGCCUCCAUCCAGCAUCCCCGACUUCUCAAAGAAGAGCAGGUAGAUGCCGCCUGUGCGGAGGCCGCUCAGGACGCUCCCCAAAGCACUGCCAGUCUCACCAGGAGCAGUGCUUUGUACACCAUUGCGCACGCCGCUGGCACUCCCGACUGCUCUGCCCUUCAUCCACCCCAGGAAUUGGAAGGUGGAGAGCGGCUGCACCCUGACCCCAUUAGCUUUAAAUCCACCUCGGAGUCCUCCCGCUGCAGCCUAGAGGUCUCUCUGAACUCGCCCUCAGCUGCCUCCUCUCCGGGCCUCAUGAUGUCCGUCUCGCCAGUCCCAUCCUCCUCUGCUCCCAUCUCUCCGUCCCUGCCAAACACCACCUCCGCCAAGGUGCAGAGUUCAAGUCCUGCUGCCGAUACGGGCUCUUUACAACAGAGCGUCAAGCUGAACACGAACAUCCAGCGGAGACACGAGAAAAUGGCCAACCUCAACAACAUCAUCCACAGGCUAGAAAAGGCAGCUAAUCGGGAGGAAUCCCUGGAGUGGGAAUUCUGAACGGCUGGGCAGCGGCUGAAGAACAAGGAUCUGAUUGGUUGCUUUCGUUGGUGACAAUUAUAAACUUUCUGGAGCACGCUGAUGGAACAGGGAGCCCUACUGGCGUAUAUAUAUAAAUAUAUAUAUAUUUUGUUAAUUUCAUCACAUGCUGAGGACAAAAGAAAAACCCAUUUGGUUAAUAAGAAAGGGAAGGAAAAACAGCACGUAGCUUCUGAAUCUUCACGCCUGAUGAAAGGGAACAACAAAUAAAUAAAACCUGAGCUUUGUUUUAAAUGUGAAAAAAAAAACUGGGAACACUUUUAGAAAAAAAAAAUAUUUAUAGACCUCUUUUAGAUAUUUUAAUAAAAGGAUCCUUUGGAAUUUAUUAACAGCUUAAGCUGUUUUGAUAUUAAAGAUAGCUAUAAAAUCAAGAUGAUGUAGCAGUUGUGUCAUUAAAUGUACACUGAAGUCUUGUAGUUUGCCACUGGAAGAGAUUAAAAAAAAAAGACUUAUUGAUCAAAGCCAUCGAGAAGCACUAUAAGACUGACCAAAUUUAAUAAACUUUUGACUAGCGGUUUUUCCACAUUUGUCUGUAAGACACUGCAUUGCUACUCUCCUUUCCAGAGACUGUGGUAUAGUCCAUGAAGACUCUAAAUUGAAACCCUUGAUGCCAUCGAGUAUGUAUUUAGUUCUGGUGGUAUGUUUUGAACCCUUUGUAACACAGAAUGUCACGUGCAGUUGUAUAUGUUGUAGAAAAUGUCUGCAAUAGCCUUCCUGAACAAGGUGUAGCAUGGUCCAUAACCAAUUCCUUCCACUUCCUCUAGUGAGUAACCCGUGACAAACCGAAAUGAACGAAACAGUUUCAGCGGUUGGCGGCAAAGCUUUCUGUCCGUUUGAAAAACAAAAAAAAA